GGCUUACAGCGCGGUGUCUCUCACGCUCUCUGCUGCGCGGUUUGACGGUUACUGAUGAGAGCCCAGUGCCGGUGUUUGAUACUGUGAUACUGAGGUGUCUGUUGACAGGGGAGUGUGGAAUAUACCUCUCACCCGAGCCUCAGAAAUGGAAAUAUUUAACUUUGCCGCCCUCACCCUAGUUACCGCGUUAACACUAGUCAUAGCCCGAGUCCAUGGUUUCUCUGAGUACGUGAUAGAAAUUCCAAACGGUGACAAAGUUCCGGACCCCUGUAGUAAAGACAAGUUAUGGCGAGGAGUGGGGCACAUUAAGACCGAGGGCGGAGGGCAGAGGAACCCAUUCGGCAAAAUGUUUGCUGAGAAUGGAAAAGCAUGGACCGGGAUUGUCUGUGACUCGGAUUCUGAUGGGGAUGGAAUCACUAACGGGGCCGAGCUGGGAGAUCCCGACUGUGAGUGGAGCAAAGGCCAGACGCCGAGCCGUACAUACAAUAUAACACACCCAGGCAUCUGUGAGCCGCUGAAUAGCGAACAUUGCAGGAAGAAGAACUCGUGGUUGACUUGUCCAGAGGAAGAACCAGAAACAGAUCCCUUCUGUCCGGAAUUCUCCCAACCAGAUGUGAAGACUGUGGAUCUGAAGCUGAAGAGAACGAGUGUCCCGUCAAAGAGUAGCACCUGGAUGUGUCAGAUCCUACAAUGGCCGUCAGAGGGGGACUACCACGUGAUCGGAAGCAAGCCUCUCAUUGACAACAGUGACGUCGCUCAUCACGUGGUUGCCUUCGGUUGCUCAGGAGACGUGGAGAUGAGGGAGGGUCCCUUUGAAUGUAAAAUGACUCCAGACAAGCAAUGUCUAGACAUUCUUCUUACCUGGACCAUGGGGUCAAAGGGCGAAUGUCUGCACAAGAACGAGGGUUUCCGAGUGGGCAAAAAUGGCUACAAAUAUAUCGCUGUACAGGUCCACUGGAAUAACCCUGGUCAGAGAACAGGUCAUGUGGACGGUUCAGGACUACAGAUUUUCUACACCAGUAACAAACGUCAGUUUGACUCCGUCAUUAUGGCGGUGGGUCAGCAGUACCUGGCUAUUCCACCUAACACCCCCAGUGUAGAGUUCAAUUCUACCUGCCCGGCCUUCUGUACAGAAAAUAUGUUCCAGACGCCGAUCUUCAUCACCAGAGCCGUCAACCACAUGCACCUACUGGGAAUAAAACAGAAAGUCAGUAUUCACAGAGAGGGAAAAAUGAUCAAAGAAUUAACCAAUGACAAGGAAUACGACUAUAACUCGCCAACAUUUUACAGGUUUGAUCCACCAGUUGAAGUUAGGCCUGGAGAUGAGAUCCGCACCUCAUGCACCUACUCCAGUGUAGGAGUUAACAGGACUACUUUUUAUGGAGACAGUGUGACGGACGAGAUGUGUUUCGGUUUUCUGACCUAUUACCCGCAGCAGAAAUCAUACACACAAUUCUGUACAUCAUUUAAGAAUGUCCUCCUCUGUAAGCGAUAUCUCCCACGUCUCAAAGGGGUUUAUGAUAACUGUUCAUGGAAAGCUUUCAGGUAUGGACAGGACAAAACAGAAAUAGAAAUUACAAAGCAACUAAAAUCCGAGUGUAAUAAUAAGACCACGUGUUCCAGAGCAUGCGCAGAUGCAGUGGAGGCGAUGGCUAGGCAUCCGUGUAUGCAAGGCGAUAUCCAAGGUUACAUUAUAGAGCACUGGUCUAUGAAGGACGAGUUUCAGAAGUAUACAGAAAUGUGUAAGGAGAAGAUCUCAAAAACCUCAGUCACAGGUGCGAACAAAUCUGGUAAUAAUAGUGGAGAUCGUCACAAAACAAGCAUUGUUCUAUUGUCGAUGAUACAUUUAUUGGUAUAUGCCAUAGUACAUAGAUAGGGGGAAUAAACACGUGAUUAAGCAAGAUGUCUAUAUAGGAGAAAAAUCUUAAAUACUGAAAGAAAUUAGGUAAAGAGACUCUUAUUUAUUUUUCAUCUUAAAAGGAAAUUGGAGAUUCUGUAAUUAUAAAAAGAAAAUAUAAUGGGUAAAAACAAAAAGAAUGGUUCUGAAGUCUCUUGUUUGUAAUGUAAUCCAUUGUAAACAAAAUACAAGCACUCAAUCAGAUAUACUGUUACCAGUGUAUUAAACCAAGGACUAACCCUUUCAAUACUUUUAUUCAUGGUAAGGAAGUUUUCACCGGCAGACAUGUAUAUUCCUAUAACUGUAAUCUGAUAUACUGCAAGGAAAAUUCACCUUCUGAGUUUAUUCCUUUAGAUUUGAAUUGAAACGUUACUUUACUUUGAACAGUGUUUGUUUAUUUAAUGCUUUUCUGAGCAUCGUUAACCUCUUUAUAAAGGAAAACUAAAACAUUAUUAUAAACACAAAUUUGAUUCCGUGUUCAAAUUCCCUUUUAGCAGUACUUUUUCUCUAAAAAUUGGGAUUUUUUUUAAUCUCCAUACUAGAAUAUUCAUCAGUAUGAAUGACAUAAGAGCUAUUUUAUGUACAGUUGUACAUAGUAUUGAUUGUGGACGAAUGCUUGUGAAUUCAUUAAUUUUGUAAAGACAUUGUAUUAAUCAUUCCAAUCCUGAAAUAUUUAAAAGUAUUUUGUCUAAUGAUUUUAACCGUUCUUUAAAAUUCUCUAAAAUUGAUACCCACUCGAAAUUGAAAUUGAAUUGUAUUUUGUGUGACUUUUUGAUUUUGACUCAUAUUUUGAGUAUACUCUAUGGCCAUCAGACAUUUCGUUCAUUGUUAAUUUUACCUUUUAAAAUUAUUUUCAUGGUAUUCAUGAUAAUGUUUUUAUUCCGUAUCCUUUACAUUUGGUGAACAAAAAUUGUCAAAAUCAUCGCAGAUAAUUGAGCAAGAAAGUAUAUAUAUGUACAAUAUCCAGAUUACGUCAUGUUUAUUUUGGGAUGAGGAAAUCACAUAUCGAUAAAAUUCAAACGAGAGGUAACGAAGUUUGUGAUAGAAACAAUAUGUGCACAAAUGCUAAUUUUAAUAGCAUGCACUUAAUAGGGGUAAAUAAUUUUACAUGCAUUCAUUAUUCAUUUACCUGUUUUCAUUUGAAAAGUGUAAAUGACUUUUUGCUUCAGUAUUUAUCAGUGUAUGUGAAUGCAAUGUAAAUGUAUGUUUGUUGAAGUAAAUGAAAGAUCAAAUAAAUUUGUAUAAAUUUAUAUUUUUCAAAUUGAUUUAUACCAUGUUCACAGAUUUGUGUAGAUUUUUUUUUCAGAUCAAUCAUUGUUCAUUAUUUACACAUUUUUCAUUUGUUAUUCUUCAAAUCACCGAGGUCUUAAUCGACUGGAAACCUGGAUUUAAUGAAGCAUAAUUUUUAUGCAUGAAAACAAAACUCAGAAAAUAAACAAAUUUUACAAGUUUG